AUGGCACUGGAGUACUUGACGACGUGGUGGCUAAGACCCGGCGUGGCGUGCUUCCUCUUCUUGAACGCGCUCGUCGCCGCAAUCGCGGUCACGUCCCGGUCCCGCGCCCAGCAGGGCGGCCGUGCGGCGUCGACGCGGAGGUGGCUCUGUAGCAGCGCGUCGUCCAUGGUCCUCGACCGCCUCCGGUCGUUCUCAUCCGCCAUGUUCUCCACCUCCACGCACCCGUCCGUAGAGCUCUGCUACUACUACUACGUAUCCCCGGAAACAGAGGAAGUGAAACAGAACGCAGAGGAUGAAUCGGCGGCAGGGGCGGUGAAGGCCACGAGCUCCGACGGGAACGGGACGUGCGCGCUCGGCCAGGUGGGGCGCCAUGCGCAGGAACCGAUGCCGUCACCACCACCACCGGCUGCUCCGGCUGUGGCCGCGGUCACCGCGGAGACAGCUGGAGUGGCGGCGCUGGUGCGUGCACCGCCGGAGGAGGAGCCGGUGACGGUGGCAGAGUUUGUGAAACGGAAGCACCGCCACCGCGAUCAUGGUUACGCGGUGGAAGGGAAGGCGGAGUUGAACGCGCGAGCGGAGCAGUUCAUUCGGCAGUUCCGGCAGGAGCUCAAGUUGCAACGGCUUGACUCCAUGCUCAGCCGCCACACCCACACGCUCAGCACCGGCUCGGGCGCACCAACAAGCCGGGAGCUCCGAUCCGGUUGUUCGAUAUAA